AUGAUCUUUCAUGCCCCGGAGUCAGAGAGUUCCGACCCGCGAAUUCGUUAUGAGCAUGAUGUCGCGUUCUUACAAAAUUUGGUUGAUAAACUCCUGGACCCCGAUGAGCUAGGUAUUCAUAUAAAACGAGUAUUACGCGUGGGAAAACGAACGGCAAACACGCCUCGUCCGUUGCGAAUUGUUUUUGAAAAUGACGUCACCCCAGCGCGUCUUCUGUCCCGACUUUGGCGUCUAAACGGCCUGAAAAUCCACGUGCGUGCCGACCUCACUUUGGAAGAACGUAAUCGCCUUCAAACUGCUACCAUUGAACUUAAACGGCGAACUCAACAAGGUGAGAGCAACAUACAUAUCGUAAAUUUUCGAGUAGUGCAGAAGCGCCAGCUGAUAAACAAGCCGGUGUUGCUGAUGGCGCGCGCCCCAAGCUAG